AAAAUUGUGGGAGUGUUUGUUAUUUUUGGUACCAUAUGUACUGGAACAAUAAUAAAAAUAAAAAAAUAAAAUGUGGAUGAAACCACAAGAAGUUUUACUUGCAAAUGCAUUUUGGGAAACUGAACAAGCAACAAUUUAUUUUGUACUUCAACGAAGAAAAGGUCAUGGUAAAACAAAAGGUUUAACAUCAAUAUUAGUUGGAACAUUGGAUAGUGUAUUUGAUAAAAAACCACCACCAUUUAGAAUAUUACAUCAAACACCAACAUCUGAAGUUUAUUGGUCAAUAUCAUGUUCAUUAACACAUGAUGAAAUAUUAAAAGAUUGGGAAUGGUUACAUAAAAAUUUAAUUGAUACAUUAAAUUCAUUUGAUACUGAAGAAGAAAUAACAGAAUUUGUUUGUUGUAAAAUACAAUCAAUAAUUGCAAAUAAUAAAAUUGAUUGUCAAUAUGCUGAAGAAGAAGAUCCAGAAUCAUUUAAAUCAGCAUCAUAUAAAUUUAAUCAAUUAUUUAAUUUACCAAAUGAUGAUAAAUUAGUUAAUUAUUAUUCAUGUAGUUAUUGGAAAUCAAAAUUACCACGUCAAGGAUGGUUAUAUUUAUCAGUAAAUCAUAUGUGUUUUUAUGCAUAUAUAUUAUCAAAAGAAACAAAAUUAAUAAUACGUUGGGCUGAUAUUAUAAUAAUUGAUAAAAAAAAUUCAUUAUUAUUUCCUGAUAGUAUACGUAUUGUAACACGUGAUAAUAAUGAAUAUUAUUUUUCAAUGUUUUUAAAAAAAUCAGAAACAUAUACAUUAAUUGAACAGUUAACAAAUAUUGCUAUGAAAAAAUUAAUUGAUGAUAAAAGUUGUUUUAAUGAAGAUUUAGAAUUAAAAUAUAAAUUAAGUAAAAAUAUACCUAAAAAAUUAUCAUUUUUAAAACGUGAUUUAGAUGCACGUGCACAUUCAGAAGCAUAUAGAUUACAAUUUCGUUUACCGUCAUAUGAAAAACUUGAUGGUAGUAUUGAUUCAACAUUAUGGACACCAUAUUCUAAAAAACAUAUAUGGGGAAAAAUAUAUUUAUCAAAAAAUUAUUUAUGUUUUGAAAGUCGUGUUAAGGAUCUUGUAUCAAUUGUUAUACCAAUGCGUGAUGUACGUCUUGUUGAACCAGCUGAUCAAUCAAUAAAUUCAUCAUCAUCAUCAACAUCAACAUCAACAUCAAUAACAAUUGAUAAAUCAAUACUUGUUACAACAAUUAAAUCAUCAUUUUUAUUUGCACAAAUACAUGAUAGAGAUUUUGUUGUACAAAAAAUAUCUGAAUUACUUGCUAAAACAAAAUUAAAUAAAACAAAUAAAAAUGAUAAAGAUUCUGAAGAUGAUGAUGAUGAUGAAGAUGAUGAUGUUGAUAAUGAUGAUGUAAAUAAUGUAAAUUUAUGGACACCACAACCACCAUUAAUGACAUUAUUUACAUUAUCAUUGACAAAUGAAUCAAAUGAAAAACAAAAAUUAAAAUUAAAAAAAUGGGAUAAUCAUUUUAAUGAAUAUGGACGUGGUGUAUCAAUGUAUCGUACAACUGAAACAUCAAAAUUAAUAAUACAAGGUAUACCACAAAUAUUACGUGGUGAAUUAUGGUUAACAUAUUCUGGUGCAAUAAAUGAUAUGUCAAUGAAUUCAGGUUAUUAUAAAAAACUUGUUGAUAAAUCAUUAGGUAAAAAUUGUCAAACAAAUGAUGAAAUUGAACGUGAUUUACAUCGUUCAUUACCAGAACAUCCAGCAUUUCAAUCAGAUAUUGGUAUUAAUGCAUUACGUCGUAUAUUAACAGCAUAUGCAUUAAGAAAUCCACAAAUUGGUUAUUGUCAAGCAAUGAAUAUUGUUGCAUCAGUAUUAUUAAUAUAUUGUUCUGAAGAAUCAGCAUUUUGGCAAUUAUGUAAUGUUUGUGAAUCAUUAUUACCAGAUUAUUAUGAUAGACGUGUUGUUGGUGCAUUAGUUGAUCAAGGUUUACUUGAAGAACUUGCUGAAUAUUAUUUACCAAUUUUACAUGAUAAAUUAAAAAAACUUGGUUUAAUACGUGUUAUAUCAUUAUCAUGGUUUUUAACAAUAUUUUUAAGUGUUAUGCCAACAUCAUCUGCUGUUAAUAUUAUGGAUUGUUUUUUUUAUGAUGGUGCUAAAAUUAUAUUUCAAAUUGCUCUAACAAUAUUAGAAUGGAAUCAAGAUAAAUUAUUAAAUUGUCGUGAUGAUGGUGAAGCUAUGCAAUUAUUAACUGAUUAUCUUGGUGGUGUAUUUAAUGAUGAAGAAAUAAUAUUAACACCAACAAUAGAUACUACAACAACAACACCACCACCACGUAGUAUAUCUGUACAAACGCUAAUUUAUGAAUCAUAUGUACGUUAUGGUACAUUAACAAUUGGUAAAAUUGAAAAUUUACGUUUAAAACAUCGUUUAAAAGUUGUACAAAAACUUGAAGAUGUUGUUGAAAAUAAUAUAAUACGUUGUGUUAUUGGUGAUAAAUUUAUGACAAAUAAUGAAUUACAUGAUUUAUUAUGUUUAAUUAGAGAAGAAUUAAUGUUUUAUAAAUAUAAUAAUUGUGAACGUUAUGAUCCAACACAAUUACCAUAUGAAUUAUAUAAAAUUGAUUAUGAUUUAUUUCUUAUAUUAUUUUGUGGUUUAUCAUUAUGGGGUAAAUGUACACAAGCUGAAUCAAUUGCUGAAAGAUUAUUUAGAUUAAUGGAUUGUAAUAAUGAUGGUUAUUUAAAUUUUCGUGAAGUUGUUAAAGCAAUUGGUUUAACAUCAACAGCUGAUGUUACACAAAGAUUAAAAUUAUUAUAUACAUUACAUUUACCACCAUUAUUAACUGAAAUUGAUAUGGAUUCACCAGUACAUACUGAUCAUGGUGCUGAAAUUGCAUCUGAAGCUACUGAUUUUUUUGAUACAAUGCAACAAAGUGUUGCAUCAUUAAAUAUUGCUGCUGCUGCUAUUAAUGAUAAUAAUAAUAGUAAUGAUGAUGAUCUUCAUCAUUUAAAUGACACUGAUGAUGAUGAUGAUGAUGAUGAUAAUUCAAGUUUUCAUUGUCAGCAUAAAGAUACUGAUGGUAAUUGGGAAGUACAGAGUUUAAGUAGUUUAAGAAAUUUAUUAGAAACAAAAGAUAAUUCAUUAAAUUUAAAAAUUGUACCUAAAAUGACACAAAGACAUUUUAUUGCACUUUGGAAAACACUUUAUGAUUUAUUUCCUGCACAACCAGAGGAUCAAGAAAUUUAUCAUUCAAUAGCAACAAUUGGUACAUUAUUAUUUCAACUUGGUGAUGUUGGUAAUAAUUGUGAUAAAAAUGAUGAUAAUUCAUCAAGUCAUCAAAUAACUACAAAUAAAACACAAGAAUGGUCAAUAACUGUUGAACAAUUUUUAGCAUCAGCAUUAAAUGGUCAACCAAUUAAUGAUUUUUUUAGUAAAAGAGCUAAUUUAAUUGAAGAUAUAUCAUCAUUAAGAAAUCGUAGAUUUGAUAGAACACCUUCGUUAUCUGAUACUCCAGUAUUCAAUGGAUAACAUGGCAAAAAUUAACGUUAUUAAUUUUAAAUUUAAAAAAAAAAAAUACAUUUAUAUAUUCAUAUUAUUAUUCAUUAUGAUAAUUGUUAAUUAAUUUUUAUUAUAGAAAAUAUAUAUUUUUAUUUUUUAUCUUGAUAUAGGUAUAUUUAAAAAAAAAAAAAAUUUUAUAAAAAUCUAUAAAAACCAAGUUUUAUUUUAAUGGAAAAAAAAUUAUAAAUAAUUGUAACUUUUACAUUACUUUUUUGUACUAUAAAAAAAUGAAUAAAUAAACUUUAUUGUGA